UCCAUUCAACGUAGGCUUGCUUCACCUUCCAUUGACUAAUUAAGCGCCUGCCUGCUUCUUCAAAUCUUUUUUCCUUUUUUAUUUCGUGCCCCUUUUAAUUCCAAAGCCUUCAAUGGAAUGGACUUUGGGUUAUUUUCUUCUCCUACUGUAUUUAUUAGUUGGCCCUUUAAAUGGGUUAUUGUUUUCGUCAAGAAUUAAUAUUCUUCUUCUCCUUCCGUAUGAUUUGACCAUUUCUUCUUCUCAUCCGAUCCUCCGUCAUGGGGAUUUGCUGGCCAAAACCUGCAAAGUGCGCUCAUGCAUCUUCCACUAACUUUUCAGGUAGUGCAAAGACUCAUAGUAAGACAAAGCAGGAAUCAACUUCUGCCACUGCUAAAUCACCUCCAGAAGGCUCGAACAAAGGAUUCACAGUAUCAAAACCUCAUAAACCUGUUUCAGGCAAUCUCAAAGCUGAUACAUCUGUUUCUAACAAUCUCAAGUCUUUUAGCUUUAGUGAUCUUAAAAAUGCCACCAAGAACUUCCGGCAAGACACUCUUCUUGGAGAGGGAGGUUUUGGAUGUGUCUUUAAAGGUUGGAUUGAUGAGAACACUUUUGCUCCUACCAAGCCAGGAACUGGAAUUGUUGUAGCUAUCAAAAGACUCAAGGCAGAAAGCUUUCAAGGCCACAAGGAAUGGCUUGCGGAAGUUAACUAUUUGGGUCAGCUUCACCAUGAAAAUCUUGUGAAACUUAUUGGUUAUUGUGUAGAGUCUGAGAAUAGACUUUUGGUUUAUGAGUUUAUGCCAAAGGGAAGUUUGGAGAAUCAUUUAUUUAAGAAAGGUGUUCAACCAAUUUCCUGGGCUACACGGAUGCUUAUUGCAAUGGGUGUUGCACAGGGAUUGUCCUUUUUACAUUCUUUAAAUGCUAAUGUAAUCUACCGUGAUUUGAAGGCUUCCAACAUUCUUCUUGAUUCGGAUUACAAUGCAAAGCUUUCAGAUUUUGGCUUGGCAAGAGACGGUCCAACUGGUGAUAACACCCAUGUUUCAACCAGAGUUGUAGGAACUCGUGGUUAUGCAGCCCCCGAAUAUGUAGCAACAGGUCAUUUGACCCCUAAGAGCGACGUGUACAGCUUUGGUGUCGUACUAUUAGAGUUACUUUCGGGAAGACGGGCAACGGAUGAUGAGAGAGCUGGGUUUUCCGAAGAAACACUCGUGGACUGGGCAAAACCAUUCCUAAGUGACAACAGAAAAGUACUAAGGAUAAUGGACACAAGGUUGGGGGGGCAGUACUCUAAGAAAGGAGCACAAGCUGCCGCUGCUCUUGCAUUGCAAUGCCUACAUACGGAUCCCAAGAACAGGCCAUGCAUGGUUGAUGUUCUAGCCUCGAUAGAACGUCUCCAUGCAACAAGGGAUACACCAAGGACACCCCAACAGUCACAAGCGAAGCUGGAUCAUCAUGGGAUCAAGCAUGUGAAUAGCCCUCACAAGGCAAGAGCUCCAACUAUAAAUUCAUAUUGAAGUGAGGCAAUUUACUAAUGGCGAGCAGGAAUUCUCGAACUAUCACUCGGGGCUUGUACACAAGACGGAAAGAAUGGAAGAGAUAUGUUAUACUUGAGUUUGUUAGAAUUUUCAUGAACAUGUGAAAAAUUAUUGCAACAACAAAAUCGUAAAUCCCAAUGUACUUUAACCAUCAGUUUUCUUCUAUCAAUCUUGAGAAAAAGUUUUGGUCACUACGAAUGAAUGCCCCAAAAUAUCGUUUUGCAGCCUA